UUUUCCUAUACCUCGAUAACGAUUAGUAGGUGGAUUGGGCAAGAAGGAGUUGAAGACUGUAUUAGGGAAGCUUGGAACUCAAAAAAGAGAAGUAAAGGUCUCUAUAAUUUCCAGAAGAAGCUCAGAAAUACCAAGAUGGGAUUGUUGGGGUGGCUUGUUCCCAGUGCUAGUGUCCAAAACAUUCACAAAGGGCAUCUGAUGUGCAAAGCUAUUAUAAAUGGGAAGGAGCAUGUUGUUGUAUCUGUGACUGGACAGAAGGGGAACCAUCAAUGGGAGUACUCCUUACUCCAAAUCAGAGAGUGGCUGUUAAUGGGUGAAAGGGUGGGGUGGCAGCAAGUUGAAAUUCAGGUGGGCUGUGAAAUCCUUAGGCAGCAUUUGAUUAAAAAACUUGCUUUUGAUUGUAAUAUAGAUGUUUUGGCCUCUGAUAUUUUUGCUCUUAUUCCCUCUUUC